ACAGAUACGAGGAAGCAAUGGCUGUGCGGAUGAAAGCUUUUCGCUGGCUGCUUCAUUGCAAGCCUGUCGAAUCCGGUCAGCAAGCGGAAUCCUUUCGUGACCUGACUAAAGGUUCCGGGUGCACGAGGAGCGGCGGAACGUUUUAAUGGUGAUGUUUUCACUCCACCCGGAUCAGAAUGUCGUGACGGACCGGCGCGCUGCACUAUGGCGUUCAAUCUGGGCGGUGGGAGCUCGGGAACGAGUGGAUUUACUUUUGGUUCUUUUUGUGCCAAAACUACAGCACAGCCCAGUUUUGGUUUUGGAACUGCCACCACAACAGCUGCUUCAGGAUUUGGAGGUUUUGGCACAUUUGGGACCACUAAUACCACAGCAAGUGGGCAAACAGCAGGAUUUCCUUUUGGAGCAUCAACAGGUUUUGGUGGGCUUGGAGCUGCUACAGCCAGUAGCUUUAAUUUUGGGGGUUUCGGACUAAACGCUAACACUGCAAUUGGCUUAAAUAUCGGAAGUUUUGGUGCAGCUACAACCACAGCUUUUGGUUUUGGUAGUGGUGGCUUGGCUGGCACAGGUGGUUUUGGAGGGUUUGGCACAAGUACGACAGCUGCUCCCGCUUUCAAUUUCUCAGCAACACCUGCCAAUACAGGGGUAACAGGCCUUUUCCAGAACACACAGAAUAAAGGCUUUGGGUUUGGUGGUGGUUUUGGCACCGGCACUGGCGCAGGCCUGACAACCGGCUUAGCAGCUGGUUCCACAUUUGGAGGAUUUGGUGGCUUUGGUACUCAGCAACAACAGCAAACUGGAGGACUUCUUGGACAGGCAAUACAGCCUCAGACACAGUCAGCUCAACUGAUCAACACAGCGAGCGCCCUUUCUGCGCCAACUCUACUGGGGGAUGAGCGCGAUGCUAUAUUGGCCAAGUGGAACCAGCUACAGGCGUUCUGGGGAACUGGAAAAGGCUACUUCCAUAAUAAUCUGGCUCCUGUAGAGUUCACUCAAGAAAACCCUUUCUGUCGGUUUAAGACUGUUGGUUUCAGCUGCAUACCCAAUAAUAAGGAUGAGGAUGGCCUGGUAGCUUUGGCUUUUAACAAAAAAGAGGCAGACGUUCGAAACCAGCAGCAAUUGAUCGUAGAAUCUUUGCACAAAAUUCUCGGGGGAUUGCCACAAAUCAUGGUGAAUGUUGAAGGAAUCCGAGCUCUGCCAGACGACCAGACAGAAAUGGUGAUCUAUGUCGUUGAACGUUUUCCAAACGGAAAUUCCAGAAGGGUUUCGGUGACAAACCUCUACAGUUCGCUGGAGCAGGCUAAUGUAAAAAGUCAACUGAUGCAGUUAGGAGUGAUUGUCGCACUGCCCAGAACAGAACUUUCUCCAGCUCAGAUGAAACAACUGCUGCAGAAUCCUCCUGCUGGUGUUGAUCCAAUAAUUUGGGAGCAGGCUAAAGUUGACAAUCCUGAUCCUGAAAAGCUUAUACCGGUGCCCAUGGUGGGUUUUAAGGAAUUGCUGAGGAGGCUCAAGUUCCAGGAACAGAUGACAAAGCAGCAUCAGAGCAGACUGGAUAUUAUAUCUGAGGAUGUAAACGAGCUGCAGAAGAACCAGGCUACAACAGUAGCAAAGAUAGCCCAGUACAAGCGAAAACUGAUGGACCAAGCUCAUAAAGUCUUGCAGGUAUUAAUAAAGCAAGAGAUCCAGAGGAAAGCAGGUUAUGCAAUACAAGCAGAAGAAGAACAGCUUCGUGUGCAGCUGGAUACUAUCCAGAGUGAGCUAAAUGCACCCACCCAGUUUAAGGGCCGUUUGAAUGAACUGAUGUCUCAGAUAAGAAUGCAGAAUCAUGUUGGAGCCGUGAGAUCAGAAGAGAGAUACAGCGUCGAUGGGGAUCUCUUGGGUGAAAUCAAGCAGCACCUGAAAUUGCAGCAGGAAGGUCUGACUCAUUUGAUCAGUGUUCUGAAGGAAGAUUUGGAGGACAUGAAGCUAAUUGAGCAUGGCCUUAAUGAGAGUGUUCAUAUUCGCCGUGACCUUUUCAGUUGAUGGCCUUUCUGGAAUAUCGCUUUGGUUAAGAGAGUUAUUUUUCCUGUCCAAACUCUGUUUUUGGGUCCAUACCACCUGCACAAAUGAUACAGCAUCUCCAUGUUGGUGUGGUUGGAGAAGGAAAUGUUGUUGCCAUUCUUCAUUAAAUGCUGCAGUCACCUCGGUUAAGUCUGUAGCUUUGGGAAUUUUAAUAUUUGCCUUGACAGCAGCCACUUACAAAACUUUACAAGAGAUUAGUGAUUAUUGAGUGACUUUGUUAUGCAUGUCUGAAGGCAUAGCUUAGAUACUACUGUGCGCAAGUUAGUGAUGAAUGUUUGAAAUGACAGCUCACUGAAGAAUGACCUAUUUUAUUGUAGGUUUUAACCUGUUUAAUAUGUAAUAAGUAUUUAUUCACGAAAAUUGCAAAUAGUAGUUUCUGGAUGCAUAUCUCAAUUUCUCUUUCCAAUUUUUGUCAAUUGUAUAAAUAUGAUUUUCCUGUUCUAUGCAAUAGGUUGGGACAGAUUUUUUUUUAAUGCUGCUAACAAUCAGACUUGCAUUGAACAGGAAUGCCUAUUAUCAGUACUGACUAAGUCAGGAACAAAUUGGAGUUUCUUUACAUUUUCAUAAAAUAUUAGCGCACAGCUGGAGCUUUGUUUAUUUUAGAUGAGUAGGUGUUUGACCAUUCUGAGUACUUCUGAACAACUUGUACAACUUGAAAAUGUGACCUUGCUAUGAAUGUGGAAAAUUUGAAGUGUACUUUAAUGGACAUAAUAAGAGCCCUGGAGACUGGAGCCAUGAAUUGGUCAUUAAUGUUAGAUAAUUCAGAGAAGCUGAAGAGCUAGAUACCCAAACUGAUUUUAUUUUUUUGUUAAACUUGUACUAGUGUAUUUAUAGAAUUAUCACAAGGAGCUUGGAUUUGUUUUUGGGAGUUGAUAUUUUUUAAAAUUCAAUCUGUGAUAUUUUUCAUGUUAAUGCAUGCAACUCCUUUUUUUAAUCCAGUAGGAAGUUCAGGUUGGUGCCAGGCAUGUUUACAAAAUAAUUUCCUGUGCUAUUUAUGGUCACUUUGAAACAUACAUCAAUACAAUCUUAGUUCUGACAAGGCUCUCCUUUGAAGAACUACUAUAAAUGUGUUAAAUGUUUGUUAUAAUUAAGCAAAGAGGGUAUAAAUUCUAAAUAAACAAUUUGAUUUAAUAAUCAUCCACUUUGGAGUCUUCAAAUAUUAUUUUCAUAGUGCGAACCAUAUUUUGUUCAGCUGCAAAUAUUUUUAAAAUGUCAUGUGACAUUUCCUUAACACCCCUCGUCCAGCUCUUCAACCUGAUAAGUGUUUUAUUUCCUUGCUUAAGAAUAUUGGUCAAAACUAUAAACUUCUUACUGAUUGUAAAGUAAUUUGCUCCAAUUCUUUGUGAUGACUGAGGAAUUGUGAUUCAAUACCGGAAGCCUAAAUGAAUGACCUCUGACCAUGAGAAAUGGUGAUUCUUCCCCAACUAAGUGUCUGAAUUACAGUCUUUGGAAAAGAGCUUUGAGUUUCAAAUAAUGGAAUGAUGUAGCUGACGUCGAGACUUUAUUACUCUGCUUUUGAGGGUGAAAUUUUGCAGCACUAGCCUCAGGUGCUUAAAAGUGGCCCAAAAAUGGAACUGUACUUCAACACAAUCUACAACUCAAUGGCCCUUUAAAGAGUGAGUUAGUUACUACAAAACUAAUAAAAUUGAUAAAACAUAACAGACAUACCCAUUUCGAUUAGAAAUUUGAACUAUGUUAAAAGAUGAAAAUUAUAAAGAUGUAGGAAUCUGCCUCUGGCCUCUGAACGGUAGCUGGCAUGGCCAUUAACUUGGAUGAUACCUGUAAUGCUGACAUUGGUCUUGAAAUCUACUGUUUCAUUACCAAUGACUCUGUAUAUAGCUGAUGGGGAAGUCUGUGUGCAGCAGAUGCAUUUAACAAUGACUAUAUUGUUAGGAGUGAGCACCUCACUGUCCUUUUGGAGACUAAGUCCCAUUUUCAUGUCAAGGAUACCUUGCAUUUUGUUGUCUGUCACCACUGUCACAUAUUUCAAACAGAUCUAGCAACUGGAAACUGGAAAUCCCUGAGAAAUUGGGCCAUUAGAAUCAACAGAAUUGUAUUCCAACACAAUCUUCAACUCCUUGGCUCAUCCCACUCCACCAUUAUCAUCAUGCCUGGGCAUCAUCCUGGCUCAGUGAAGAAGGAAAUGUCAACCCUAGCACUAAGCAUUCCAAAAAGUGAGACAUUGGCCUGGUGAAGCUACAACACAAGACUACUUCCAUGUCAAACAGCAUAAGCAUCGAGUGAUUGACAGGGCUAAGUAAUUCCAACAAUCAAUGGAUCAGAUCGAAGUUCUGCUGUCAUGCCACAGCAGUCAUGAAUGAUGGUGGACACUUAACAACUCACUGGAGGAGGAGGCUCCACAAAUAUCCCCAUCCUCAACAAUGAGGGAGCCUAGCACAUCCAUACAAAAGGAAAGGUCCAAGCAGUUGCUUCCCUCUUCAGCCAGAUGUGCUGAAUAGAAAAUCCAUCUCCGCUUCCUCUAAGGACCUCAGUAUUACUAACGUCAGCCUUCAGUCAAUUAAGUUCACUCAUGCCACAUAAGAAAUGGCAGUGCGCUGGAUACUGCCAAGGUUGUGGUCCUGACAACAUUUCUGGCAAUUGUCCUGUUGACUUGUGCUCCAGAACUAGCCAUGCCCCUAGCUAACUUAUUCCAGUACAGCUACAACACUGGUAUCUGCAAGACAAUGUAGAAAAUUUCCCAAGUACAUCUGCCCACAAAAGCAUGGAAAACUCAAUCCCACCAAUUGUUGCCCUAUCAGCCUACUUUCGAUCAUCAAUAAAGUGAUGGAAGGGUUUGUGAACAGCGCUGUCUCGCAGCACUACAAACAAAUAUUCACUAAUGUUCAGUCUAGGUUCCACUUGGGCCACUCGGCUCUUGACCUCCUUGCAGCCUUUGUCCAAACAUGGGCAAAAAAAACUGAAUCUCAGAGAUGAGGUGUGAGUGACUGCUGUUGACAUCAAGGUAACAUGUUACUGAGUGUACUAUCAUGGAGCUUUGACAAAGUUAGAAUAAAUGAAAAUUGCAGGGGUUGAAAUCCUGGAUCUUCCUUUGUAACAUCUGUUUGUGUCCCUAAUCUCCUUGAACUGCAACAGUCAGAAAUAGCUGGUUUGAUUUUCUGUACAACGCUUGAAAUGUGGGCGGAUGUAGACCAUUCAGCCCAUCAAGUCUGCGUGGCCGUUCAAUGAGAUCAUGGCCGGUCUGAUAAUCCUAAACUCUAUUUUCCUGCCUUUUUCCGAUAACCCUUGAUUCUCUUACUGAUCAACUAUAUUCAAGGUUAAGAUAGAUUUUAAUGGACCAACCUCGACAGACCUGUGCAGUAAAGAAUUCUAUUGAUUCACUACUGCCAGAAAAAAAAAUGCUCCUCAUCUCUGUCUUAAAUGUGCAACCCUUUAUUCUGAAAUUAUGCCAUCUGAUCCUAGACUCUCCUACAAUGGGAAAUAACCUUUCCACAUCCACUCUGUCAAGUCCUCAAAAUAUCAUCUUCAUUUCUAUAAGAUUGGCUCUCAUUCUUCAAAAUUCCAAUGAGUACAGCAGGACAACCAUUUCAACUUCUCCAAACACAGUCCAUAACUGGUAUCAACCUAGAAUCUUCCCUGGGCUGCCUCCAACGCUGGUAUAUAUCCUUAGAUAAUUGGCCCAAAACUGUUCACAAUAUUCCAUCUGUGAUCUGACUAGACUAGUGACUGUAUAGUUUUAUCAAAACCUCCCUACUUUUAAACUCCAUCCCCUUGGAAAUAAAGACUAACAGUCUAUUUGCCUUCCUUAAUACCUGAUGAAUGUGCAUGCUAACUAUUGUGAUUCAUGGAUUAGGAUUUCCUAAUCCCUUUUCUGUAGCUUUCUGCAUUCUUUCUCCAUUCUAAUGGAAUUUAGCUGCUCUCUGCUUCCUGCCAAAAUGCAUUACCUUGCAUGUCCUACUUGAAUCGUUAAACAUAUUAACAUGCUUGAGUGAGAUGUCAUUUAUUCACUGCUGAAAUGAGAUUUAUUAGAAUAUCAUUUUGUCAACAGCAGUCACCAAAUUUGACCCAAAGUAUCAGAGAUAAUGGGAACUGCAGAUGCUGGAGAUUCCCCAAAGUAUAGCAUAUUUUUGACACAGAAACUCUUGGUUUCCUUUUUUUAAUAAAAGAAGCUGUUCCAUACAUAAUAUGCAAAUAGUUGCUGACCUAUUCAUUUAAACAUUUCAGAUGCAAGUAAUGAUUAUGUUUCUAACAAUAAAUGAAUAACUAAAUUUACCAGAAAAUCAGAAAAAUAUACCGUGCAGUGAAUUGUAAAACAGAUAUUUUGUACUUGAAGUAUAUUUGUUUAUAUUUGUAUUAAGUGUCACAUAAAUUCAUCCAUCAUCAUCAUGACAUGACCAAGAUUAACUUUUAUAUGAGACAGGUAGGGAAGCUGAUUAAACUAGUUUAUUGUCCUCAUUUUCUGUCUUGAGCAGAGUAUUUUUAACUUCAAAUGUAAUGUGUUUUCCAACCUGCUUUUGUGAAUUUUUAAAAAGAUAUCUUGCAGUAAACACUCUUAUGUUUACAUUAAAGAAUUGUAUGUAUUCAUGCCUAAAUUGUUUUUGAACCCACUGUGGUCUUUGACAUUUCUCUCACACAUAUGCAUUGACACAAACACAAGAAACAGGAAAGAAGAGUUUUGCAGCUAUAAUGUUAAAACCAACAGUGAGGAAACUUGAUUCAUGUGAAUAAGAAAAAUCAAUGAGGGUUUUUUCACUCAGACAUUACAAAGUUGAGGUGAUCCCAGGUGGUUGAACCGUGGACUUGCAGAAUUGAUUGAUGCAGCAGGAUGAUUCAUAUUGACAGGAAACUAGGUUUUU